AUUUUUAAUCACAAAAUCUCAAUGUCUCAAUCAUUGGCGAUUCACUCAGAAUUGAGAAAACAAUUUGUCUUACAACAAGUUUCCAACUUAGAGUCUUAAUUAAAUAAAUGGGUUUAACAUAAUUGUCCUAAGUAUACAAUUUUUAUAUUUAGUGAGGAUAUAUUACAAUCUCAUUCAGAUGAAAUACAUUCUUAAAGUUAAACCCAUACUAAUGUAGUACAUUUUUAAGGUCUUCUCAUGUACCUUAAAUCAUUUAGUGAAAAUCCAUCUCAAUUGGAAUUUCAUACGUUGAAAUCAUUACAACAGUAUUUUGAUUACAUGUCCCAAGUCUUCUAAAAUGAACUUAAGCUAUCCUAUUAAAGAUAAACUAUGAAAAUAUCAGAUAAAAAUAUUGAAAAAAAAAGUUAAAAGUUUUCUAAAAAGUCUAACUUAAUUUUAAAAAACUGGUUGAAUAAACACUAUUCUUAUCCAUAUCCUAGUAAGGAAUAGGUUGAGUAACUUGCUGAAAAAUGUAAUCUAACCUAAAAACAAGUAUAUUAUUAAAAUAUUCAGAUUUAAAUAUGGUUCAUUAAUGCCAGGGGAAGAAUAGGAAAUAAAAUGUAUGAAGAAAAGAAAUUCAAAAAUGUAGUAAAAUCAAAAUAUUUAUCUUUGAACUCUAAACAAUCCAAUAAAGAAAAGUUAGAAAUUAAUCAAAAUGAUUCAUGA